ACGGGCGCGAGAGAGACGUUCCGGGGAGAGAAGGGUCCGCCCGUUAGCGGGGCUGCUCCCCCGGACUGCCCCGCAUUGCCGCCAGGCCGCGGCUGGGAACAGCGAUGGACAGGCCGCGGCUGGGGAUAGCGAGGGGACGGGCUGCGCUUGGGCCGCUGCAGCCCUGAGGAGUUACCUGCUGGAGAACACCACACAGUGAAUUCACUCCCCUCUGGACUUCCUGCAAGUUCAUUGUGAUGCCAUAAAGAUGUUUCCACAUGCGGGAGCUACUUCCAUGUGGGCUUCCUGCUGCGGGUUGCUGAAUGAAGUGAUGGGGACGGGAGCAGUGCGAGGCCAGCAGGCGGCCUUUGGGGGAGGGGCUGGCCCGUUCAGGUUCACACCCAGCACCGGCUUCUCAGCGUAUCCAGCUCCUGCUGCAGCCGGCACCAACAUCGUCUGCAAAGCCUGUGGGCUCUCCUUCUCAGUUUUCAGGAAAAAACAUGUGUGUUGUGACUGCAAAAAGGAUUUUUGCUCAGUUUGUUCAGUCUUACAAGAGAAUCUCCGAAGAUGUUCCACUUGUCACUUGCUGCAAGAAACGGCCUUCCAGCGCCCUCAGCUCAUGAGAUUGAAAGUGAAGGAUCUGCGUCAGUACCUGAUCCUCAGAAACAUCCCCACGGACACCUGCAGGGAGAAGGAGGACCUGGUGGACCUGGUGCUGUGCCACCACGGCCUGGGCUCCCAGGAGGACAUGGACGCUGGCAGCCUGCGCUCGUCACGCUCCCAGAGCUCGGCCUUCUUUACCCAUCCCUUCUCCACCUCUGCGUCCAUGGCAAACCCAGGGGAACUGGCCAACAGAAGGGGAAGCACAGGAAGUGGAACACCUUCACGGGGACAAACAGAAACAUCUGUAAAUAAUGAAGAAGAAGAAAGUGCAGAAGAGCAGACCCUGGGGCUGGCCAGGAAGAGAGCCAGGGCCUCCCUGUCCGAUAUUUCCAGUCUGGAAGACAUCGAAGGGUUGAGUGUUCGGCAGCUGAAGGAAAUCCUCGCCUGCAAUUUUGUCAACUACUCAGGAUGCUGUGAAAAAUGGGAACUUGUGGAAAAAGUCAGCAGACUAUACAAAGAGAAUGAAGAGAACCACAAGACACAGGGGGAGAGGAUGCAGCUGAACGAGGAGGACGACAGCCUGUGCCGGAUCUGCAUGGACGCCGUGAUCGACUGCGUGCUGCUGGAGUGCGGCCACAUGGUCACCUGCACCAAGUGCGGCAAGAGGAUGAGCGAGUGCCCCAUCUGCCGCCAGUACGUGGUGCGGGCCGUGCACGUCUUCAAAUCCUAACCCGGGCACGGCCUGGCGCCAGCAUCCCUGUGGCUGCUGCACGUGGGCACACGGCAGCCUCGGUGCUUUGGUUCAACUCGGCCCUUGCAACAGCAAGAUGUACAAGUUGGGGAAAGGUUUUUCAAGCAGCUCCUGCAGCACAGGGUUGGGCAGGCCCAGGCCCUGCCCCACUGACCUUAUAGCCCCACAGAUUGUUGGAGUCAAACUGUUUACAGCAGUUCUUGCUCUCUUCUGAAGAAUCUCACCUGUCCUUACGGAUUCAGCACUCGGCAGGUGGUCAGUAAACACCUCUGCUUGAGCCUAUUUUUUCUCUAGUGCAUUAAAAGCAAUGAAUAUAUCAGUUGAUUAUUCAGCUUUUCCCUAUGGAUAGAAUGUAUCUGUUCCGGCAGCCUGGCUAGUGCCGGUGCUGGACACAGCUUAGGAAGCACUGCCAUGAACUGUUCCUGCACAGAAGCCCUUAAGCAGUCUUGCUUUAUGCUGAUUGCUCCCUCUGAAUGUCUGUCAUGACACGUGUGCUGUCUUGGCUGUUCUCUGUCAGUGUAUGAAACACUCCAUCACUUUGCAGGGCUCAGGGGCCACCACUGGUCUCUGUCUGGAGACUCCAAAAACCAGUUACUGAGUGAUUUUUGGUUUAGGAAUAAACUAUUUUUUUAAGAAGGGGUACUGUA